CAGCGAGGCUGCCGGGCGCUCCCCACCGGCCAGAGCUUCUCCCAUGUGCGGUCAUGCGGCGGGCGCUCCGCUCCGGGCCGUGCGCGGCGGCGCUUGUCCUGGCAGCCUGCGCCUCUCUUUGCACAGGUCUAACAUGUGUGUGCCAACUGUGUGAAAAAACAAACUACACUUGUGAAACGGAAGGAGCAUGUUGGACUUCGGUCAUGCUAACAAAUGGUAAAGAAGAGAUAAUAAAGGCAUGCGUUUCCCUACCACAACUGAAGGCACAAAUUUUCUGCCAUAGUUCCAAGAACAUAACCAAGACAGAGUGCUGCUAUACAGACUUUUGUAACAACAUCACCAUUCACUUGCCUGCAGGUCAAGAUACUUCAAGCAAAUCAAAGCUGGGACCGAUGGAGCUGACAGUGAUGAUAACCGUACCCACAUGUAUCUUGUCGGUAGUUCUCAUGCUGGCUGUAUACACUUGUCAAGGCCACCACUGCAGAUUCAGGAAGAAAAGAAGGCCAAACAUUGAAGAACCUUUAUCGGAAUGCAAUCUGGUGAAUCCAGGCAAAAGCCUCCGAGACCUUAUUUUUGAUAUGACAACAUCCGGGUCAGGAUCUGGGUUACCGUUACUUGUCCAGAGAACAAUUGCAAGGACCAUUGUUCUUCAGGAAACAGUAGGAAAAGGUCGAUUUGGUGAAGUCUGGCGUGGAAAAUGGUGUGGCGAAGACGUUGCUGUGAAAAUCUUUUCCUCGAGGGAUGAAAGGUCUUGGUUUCGAGAGGCAGAAAUCUAUCAAACAAUAAUGCUGAGGCAUGAAAAUAUCUUGGGUUUUAUUGCUGCUGAUAACAAAGAUAAUGGAAUAUGGACUCAGCUGUGGCUUGUUUCUGAAUACUAUGAGCAAGGCUCUUUGUUUGACUACUUAAACAGCAAUGCGGUGACAGCAGACCGGAUGGUAAAGCUGACCUUUUCAAUAGCAAGCGGCCUAGCGCAUCUUCAUAUGGAGAUUGUUGGCACGCAAGGAAAGCCAGCUAUUGCACACCGAGACCUGAAAUCUAAAAAUAUUCUAGUCAAAAGGAAUGAAACUUGUGCCAUUGCUGACCUGGGACUUGCUGUGAAGCAUGACUCACUACUCAACACAAUCGACAUACCUCAGAAUCCUAGAGUGGGAACCAAGAGGUACAUGGCUCCAGAAAUACUUGAUGACACAAUGAACAUGAAUAUCUUUGAGUCCUUCAAGCAUGCAGAUAUCUAUUCUCUUGGGCUGGUAUACUGGGAGAUAUCACGCAGAUGCUCAGUUGGAGGAAUAGUUGAAGAGUACCAGUUACCAUAUUAUGAUGUUGUGCCUUCUGAUCCUUCAAUAGAAGAUAUGCGAAGGGUGGUUUGUGAACAAAAACUGAGGCCAAACAUUCCAAAUCAGUGGCAGAACUGUGAGGCACUCAGAAUCAUAGGCCGAAUAAUGCGUGAAUGCUGGUACACCAACGGGGCAGCUCGACUGACAGCCCUUCGCAUCAAGAAAACCAUUUCUCAGCUCUGUAUACAAAAUGAUUCCAAAGCUUAAGUCUGCACACCCUGCAGAGAAGGAGAUGGAAGGAAAUCAUUUGCAUGCUAUUUUUGCAUUUUUUGAUUUUGCUCUACCUCACUGGAUACUAAGUACAGUAUUUAAAAACCUAAAGCCCAGAAUGCCAGAAAUGGCUUGCCAAAGUGGUUCAGAUUCACUAGGGUUAGGAUAGGCUCAGGCUCAUGGUUGCUGUCGAAUCAGCAUUGACUGGUAAAUGAAAAGUGAUAUAUUAAUUUUGAGGCAGGGAAGGAUGUGGGACCUAUCCACUGACUUCCUCUCCUAUCCACUGACAUCACUGUGCCAACACAAGCCUUUGAACUCCACCAGCUUGGUUGCCAGGUAUAUCUGAGAACUGGCCAUGGGAAGGCCAAGUUACUGGUGGUUUGUGCUCAUGCCAUGGAGAGAAGCGAAGAAAUUAUGGUAUUCAUUCUUCGAAAGGGUUUUAUUCUAGGUAAAGCCUGAAUGUACUCAAGCUUUCUAUCCUACCCUGUGUUGCCUGCCUUAACCCCCACUUUGGGUCCCAUGUGAGAGGAAUAGCUUUCCAGCUCACCUCAAGAACUGAGGUCUUUGCAAGGUAUUAGGCCGGGAGCAUUCUUGCAGAUUCCCACAGUUAAGAACAAGCCAGAGGCUUGCCUUGUAAGAUCUCCACAGAUUCGUGUGCAUUGAUGCUAACCCACUUGGAUGCUGAGCUUACUAUGUUCCUUCUGGCCUUCCAAGAUGUCCUGGAGCAUGGCGAGCCUCUUUGCCUCCCCAUGGCAGAACACAUUCCCCUUGCUGCCAGGGAAAGCAAGCGUUCCUACUGGCUGAAAUCAGAAUGUACCGUCUGUUAUCUGUUUGAAACUCAGAUAUGUUGGUAGAGUCUUAUGAGCAAAGGAAACACGUGCAAAGGGCAACACACAUCCCCGGCAUCUUCGGUGGGAAGAAUCAGACAGCAAGUGAUGUGAAGGAGCUCUGCUGAAGAUGUGGAGGGAGCUGCUGCCAGUCACAGGAGGCAGGAGCAGGACCCACGGUCUGACCCACCUGGUAGCAAGUGUGCCUUUACCCUUGACAUGAGAGAGCAGUUCAGUCCAAAUCAAUCAAGGCACUGAAGGCUUUUUCACAGAACUUCGUAAAGUAUCUGGUGCAAUGUGUAUAUAAUUCACACAUUUUAUUUAAACAUUUCUUAACCAAAUGAGAGACAUUCGGCAGAACAUAAUACUGUGAAGUGAAAGUUCUUGUUUUAUGAUUUGUUGCCUUAAAGGUGGCCAUUUAUUUUAAGUGUCAUGUGAGACUUUGUAGCUGGAAACUGCAUUUGUUACAUACCUGCUGUUUUGGACUUGUGAUCUCUGAAGGAAGUAUUCCAACUUCUUCACUAAGAACCACUGUUGUUAGGGUAAAUUAGAUUGUUUCGUGGUGCCAAGAAUUCAAAUGAGGUCAUAUCAUGACUUAUGCAUAAGAAAUACAUCCUUAAAUGAGGAAAACCCAAACUAUUCAAAGAAGCAGUAGUCUGGCUCAAAGAAGUGCUUUUACUCAGGAGCUGCACUGAUCUAUAAGAAAGUGACAGAAGUGAAGGAUGACAUUAUUAUUAUAAUAAUGGUGAUGAUUUACAUAAUGCAGAUUUAGACGGUAGGAGAAUAUAUUGUGGCUUUCUGGAAAUACACCUGCCAUGUAUUUGGAACAGGACAGCAGUCUUUUUUUAAAUUAUUUGGGCUUUUUUUUUCAAAAGAAGAGCCCCUGGCUUUAGAAUACUCUGUUAGAGUAGGUCACCAUAUGGGGUUAGGUGUGGUGGAACUGCCCCAGCAGCUGCCCAUUUAGUUGUGGCGCUGUCAGCUUGGGCACCCAUAGCUGUGGAUGCCUGCAUGGCUUUACAUUGAACUAGCAUGUCAAGUCGCCUUCCUAAGCUGGAAAGGUGCAAGCCUGCAGCCAGAUGGGUGACUCCACGUGGAAGCGGAGCAGCGGUUCCUUAACAGCCUAUAGUGCCCUUCCACCUCUACUUCUGCUCUGUUCUGUUCAAGGUGGAUUAUUUUUGCUCUGUUUUGUUUUGCUUUUUGGAGUGUGUACAAUGUGGACAGGAAAGAUUAUGUGGGAUUUCACAAGAAAUCUGCACUCUCCCACAAGAGGGAUUCCUAUUGCCAGGAAGAGGGUGUGUAUAAUUUGCAUUGCCCUGUAGGUCUCUCCAAUCCUCCAAUGUUGCGAUGUUUACUCAAGGCUGGGUCUGCAUGUGAAAGGUGCCCAUCAUUUCUUUUAGUAAACCCUUGAUUAUAUCUUCAUAGUAGGAGAUAAUGCAAUCAAAUGAUCGUGGCUGCUUUGCGAAAAAGACAGAAAGAGAGGCAUAGAAGCCCAACUGGCCAUUUCCAUUUAGUUUGAGUGUGUCCCAGGUCUCUGGUCUCCAGAUACCUAGAGAGAAAGGGGAGCAGGGCACAUAGCUGGCAAACAAAAUGCUCAAGCUGAGGCAUCUCUAGGCAGGACUGAGAAAGGCCCCUGCAGAGCUGCAGACAGUUAGUGUACACAGAAUUUAGCUAGACAGACCAAUGAUCUCUCUUGGUAGAAGACAACUUCCUGUGUUCCAGUUAUGCUUUUUUACAGCUUUUUACCUUUACACUGGGUGUCUUUGUGGUUGGACGGGGAUGUUAGAUUACCGUAUGUAUAGCAUUUUUGUACAUUGCCUGAGAAUUGGCAGAUGGUUGCAAUUUUAAGGUGGUAAUUACUUGUUAUGAAGAACAGACUAAAGGAGGAAAUUAGCAAUUCCUUAAACUUUCCAGUUUAAGGAAUUGAAAGGACUGAAGUACUUUUGAGUUUUCAUUUGACAUUUCCCUGAGGCAUCUGCCUGGAGAGAUUUUCUGCCCUGGAAGUCCGCUCUGUGUGCAAUACUCAUCUGUCUCUCAAGCAAAGCAGUAAUGGAAUAUGGAUACAUUGGCCUGCACCCUAAGUUACCAGUAGGUUAGCAAAAGGGGAGGAUUGAUUUCUACCACUUCCUAUUCCAUGUCCAGCACAUCCACAGCAUUGUCAAGGAGUUGCUGACUCUCAGAGAAAAAUUUUGGGGCACAGGGGCUUGCCAAGGAAGGGGAGAAGUGGGAAGCUUACAUCCUAUGAAUGGAAAUUAGGGUCCUAACCAUCAUAGAUAGGAGUGUUUAAGUUUAGUUUGAGAUCUUAAAAUACAAAACAACAACCUAGCAGACUCAGCCUCCCCUCUGCUCCCUUUACUCCAAGAUAGAUUUUCUGAUCUCUGAGGUCCUGUAGGAGCAGUUCUUUCCAUACUGGCUACAAGAAAUGGAAAGGACUGAAAUGCAGAUUGCUGUCUCUGAGGUUGGAGAGGUUUCCAGCCUUGAAGGUGGUAAACUGCAAUAUUCUAUGGCUGUCUAGGGCCAUAGGAUCACCCUAUCUAGAGAUAAAUUUGUAAGCUGCCAAUCAUCACAUUGGUUUUUCAGAUGUAUUAGUUUUUUUGCUGUCAAGCCAUCCUUCUGUACCAGCACAAUCCCUACAUUGGCUCAUGAUUUUUGUGUAAAUGCAACAGGUUGUGGCAUUUAUGCUGGUGUGAGGCUCAUUUACUGAGUGACAAAUCUGUCUGUUUUGCAUCCUUUUGCAUUUGAAUGUUUAAAAUCACAAGUUCUUUUGGAAAAAUUGCAAGCUUUGGUAAAUUAUUAUCAAAUCAUUGCAACCAUGUAAGAGCUGGCUCACAUGUGCAUAUAGAGCAGUUAACAACUCAUUAAUUUCUUUGAGUUGACACCCUGAUAACAUGAGCUCUGUCUGUGAUGAUCAAUCUGUGAGUGCUGCAUUCAUAUCUGUAAAAUAUCAUUUGAUACUCUGGGGAACAAAUGAGAAAUACUGCAUGAACUGGUCCGUCAAAUGCCUCUUGCCUUUUCUGUGUGUCAUUUGGCACACGCUCACUCUUCUAGAAGGAACGUGUCUGUCACUGCAGCUUGUGUUGCUUUUAUUCCACAUUCCUUGGGAAUUGCUUGCAUUGUUUGAAAUCUUAUUUUGCUGAAGUCUUGUACCUGUUACCUGUACUGUGCUGUGUAACUCUUCUGUGAAUCGUGAGUAGCCUUGCAGACAGCGUCUCUAACUGAAUGCUACUACAAGCUAUGUAUUUACAUUUUGAAGUAUCCUGUUAUGUCAAGGUCUAUGCUGUCAUAUCCUUACUUGUAUGAAACCUUUAGAAAGGAGCAUAUGUGGUCCAUCCUAAGAGGUACCGCAAAUGUAUGGCCCUACCAGGACAGAUGUAUGAAAAGGUACAAAGAGUUCUAUGAAAUGUGAUGGAAGUGCAAUAAAUUGAACCCGAAGAAUAACCUACAUGUAUCCAUGAGAAGUAUAGGUCUGUGUCUACAGGAAAUGUCUCUCUGGAGAGCUCAGUAGAUGCGUGAUGGAGGGAUAGAGCUCCAUUUCGGGAGACCAUGCAGCAUUUCAGUCUGCAAGGCUCCAUAUAAGCUGUGCAGUUUAUAGAAGCAGGAAUAUUUUUACCUUCAAGGCUAGUUUCAAAUGUAGUCCUGGAACUGAAUGAUGAAGUCGGACUUUUACUGUACACGGAUAACUUCAUCUAUACUUUAAUGAGUAAAAUAUUUAUUUUUGUAACAAUCGCUUUAAUAUUGCUGCUGCCUCUGGUUGUAAAUAGUGUGUUGGAACGUUGCAUUUUUGUAUACUGGCUCCCUUUCCCCAAAAGUGUAUUUUUGUAAAGUGCCAACUUUUGCUAUAUCAUUCCCUCUUGGCCAUUUGGUUUUGUGAAGCAUAAGCUCUUUUAAAUAAUAAAAACAUGAUCUUUAGAAAAG